AUGGCGGAUGUAAAAUCUACCGACCAAGUCCCUCAGCUUGGUUUCUGGGAGAAGGUGGAUCUACCCUUGGGCCAGGCAACUGUGCUGGUUCAUUCGCUUUUUGCAGCUAUCACGGGUCUUUUCCGGGGCCAAGGUAGUCCGAAGGUAUUCAGUCACCAUGUCACUGCUGCGGCGAUCCGGACAAUGGUCGAUCGGCUGUCAGUUCGUCAAGCACAAUACAUGAGCCCGACCACGCCGCAGUCAUAUCAUGCUGUGGUGAAGCGAAGGGGUUUGCAGCCGGAAGUUGUGAAACUUCCCCAUGAUACUGAAGGCUACUGGAUGGGAAAGAAGAGUGCGAAGAAUGUCAUUAUAUACUAUCAUGGUGAGCCGGAAACCCUCCCAUCACCCCCCAGACCCACUGAGGUCUACUCCAUCAAGAUACAAUCGUCUAUCUCUGCUCGUGGUGGCUUUGCGAUGGCGGCGACAGCCGCGCACUUUGAUUUCUGGAUUGACCUCAUUCAGGUGCUGAAUGACCAAGGACAUGAUAUUGCCGUCUUCUUUCCCCGAUACACGCUUGCGCCGCAGGCGACCUACCCUACGCAACUACGUCAGGCAGUCGGUGCUCUGCGAUACAUCCUGGGCGAUGAAGGACGGGACCCGUCGACCGUGAUUGUCGGGGGUGAUUCAGCAGGGGGUAAUCUCGCGAUGGCUCUACUGCUUCACUUAUCGCAUCCUCAUCCAGAGAUCGAUCAGAUCAAUCUCUCGGCCUCUUUGGCAGGAGUGUUUGCCUUUGCGCCCUGGGUCAACUUUGACCAAGACUGGCCUUCGUACAAGACCAAUGCUUACAAGGACAUCAUCACUGGGAAAGCACUGUCGGAAUGGUCCAAUGCCUAUCUUGAUGGCAAGCCAGGCGACAACUGGAGCGAGCCCAGCCGUGCCCCGGCAGAAUGGUGGAAAGAUGCAAAGACGGAGCGAAUCCUCCUUCUCGCGGGCAGCGAUGAGAUUCUGCUUGGGCCGAUUGAAGAUUUUGCGAAGAAACUCAAGUCGGUGUUCCCGCAUACUACUUUUGUCGUCGGAGAUGAUGAGAGUCAUGAUGCGCACCUCUAUGUUGCCUCCGGAUCCAAGGAGGGAACUCAGACUAGUCGGGAGCUUCGUCGGUGGGUUGCAGCCCGCUUGUGA